CAAUAGAGACAACAUGGCGAGAUCGAAGGACAAGAAGAAGGACGCAGAAAACGGCGAAGCAGAUGAAACAAAGGACGAUUCGAGGAUUGAUGAACCUACUAUGGACUAUGAAGAACUUGUGAAAAGAGUAUGUGUAAUUGCAAAGCCCCUCGCAAGCAGAAAACUUACAAAACGAUUGUACAAAACUGUCAAGAAAGCAUCCAAAGCGAAGAGUUUGAGGAGAGGAGUCAAAGAAGUAGCAAAAGCCUUACGAAAAGGCGAGAAAGGGUUUGUUGUCAUAGCUGGUGAUGUCUCCCCAAUCGAUGUCAUAUCCCAUAUUCCCAUUGUCUGUGAGGACAACAAAAUACCAUAUGCUUAUGUACCAUCAAGAUUGGACCUUGGAGCUGCAAGUCAAACCAAACGACCCACAAGUAUAGUAUUGGUCAAGUCCCAUGAAGACUUUGAGGACAACUACAAAGAGUGUUUUUCAGAAGUGAAGAGCUUGCCACUUCCAUUAUAAUCUUCUCAAAUAUGCAUUUUGUGAGGGGGGAGGUUAAAUCCAGAGCUCAAAGCCCAGUCAGUCCUCUUAACUAGUCUUACAGCUUUAUUAAAUGUAAGAAGUCAUUUCUUCUUAAGAACUGACUGGGUCAAAAAGCAUUGGUGAAAAUGUUGCACCACUGAUGUAUACAUGUGAUAUCUAAAACCCUCUUAACUGCAUGUGACAGAUUUGUUUGUCAGUGGUAACUAUCGCAAAGCUAGGAAAAGCCAGGGCCCAUGUAUUAAAUGAAAUGAGAAAUCCAAAAUCAUUUCCCAUUUGUAUGAUAUUGUUGACUGGAUGCAUUUUGUUGCUAGGCUGAAACAAUGUGGUACUUUUCCCAUUCAUACACUAGUUGUCUUAGGUGUAGGACAUUUUCAAGUCUUUUGUCUAGUUAUUUUGAGGUUUAUUUUUUAGUGAAACCACACAAUCACAAUAAUAAUUGGUAUGUAGAUUUGAUGAGUGAGGUUGUUAUUUUUUUGUCAAUUUUGUAUCAUUUACCCGAUUAUGAAAGAAUGAUUUACCACAGAUGAAUAGGCACUUUCCAGUCAGCAAUCUUAUGGUAAAAAAAUGCCUUGAACUGGAAAGCAGGUUAUACACUUAGACAUCAGAGAAAAUAUGGGUAAAGUUUAUGUAUUUGGGUUAUUUAGGGUGGGAAUUUGCUCUCCCGCAAGGUGUUUUUUAGCUGGUGUAAUAACUAACUGCAUAGGGCUUUACCAUCACUUUGGUGCUUUUGCAAAACUGGUCAUAAAAGUCUCUUUUAUGUAAGACUUUGUACUGUGUUGCUUAUGCAUGAUGCAUAGAAUAAACCCAAGUGGAAAACAA